AUGGUCUCGUCACGUGCCCCAUGGGCCCAUACCCCUUCCAACCUCACCAUCAUCUGGCUCUUCAUGUCUCUGCCUCUGGUCACAUGGGAUGCCGGAUACGUGAUGCUCCGUCCCAUGAGCAUGCCCGGAGGCUCGCUCCACUGGCCCAUAUGGGCACCUUAUGAGCUCUAUGGAAAAAUCGAUUACAUCUACGGCUGGAAGGCCUACAACGAGAAGAAUGGCUUCACCGCGGCGCAAACCCUGCUGAACAUUGUCGAGACCGCCAUGUACGUCUACUACCUGUACAUCCUCUACGCCUUCGGCCGGCCAUCCACAGCCCAAGGCCGCGGAGCCCCUAAGCGCUCAUCAGUCGGUUUCCUGGGCGAACAGCGAUCCGUGGCCGGCCCGAAGGGCGCCGCUGCCGUCCUGCUGGCAUUCAGCGCGGCAGUCAUGACCUUCUCCAAGACUGUCCUCUACUGCAAAACCGAGGUUCAAAGGGUAUUGAUUCUACUCGGUUUUUUCAUAAGUCUAGACCACGGAAACGAAACUGGGCGUAUCUUGGCGAGGAUAGAGCUCAAUGCGGAGCUCAAACUGGAAGUGUGCCAAGAAAGCACGAUUAACAGCCACUUUUUGGACAUACGAAGUAAUGCCAUCAUCGGAAGUCUUUGA